AGCGCUGGGGCUCCGGCGGCUCGGCUUCCCCCGCCCCGUCCCCGCUUGCUCAACUCCCCUCUUGGCAAGCCAGCCCGCUUAGAAAGUUGCGCUCGGGCCAGGCAGGCAGAGACGCCCGGCCACGGGCAGCGUCGCCAGAGGCUGUGAUCCACAGCGCCUCGCCUUCCGGAGGGACCCCGGAGCAGUCUUCGGCCUCUGACGGUCCUGUGCCACCCACAGCAAGAUGGCCUCAUCCGGUGCCCCAGGAACCCGCAUGACCUCUACUGUCAGCAUCAACAUCUCCACUCCCAGUUUCUACAGCCCCCAGAAAAAAUUUGCGCCCGUUGUUGCUCCCAAGCCCAAAGUGAAUCCUUUCAAGGCUGCUGGACUGACUCCAGAAAAUGGUUCUGAGCAGAGGCUGCCUCCUGCUGCUGGAGCAUGUGCCCAGAUAGGGAAAGUGGGGGAGAUACCCAUAGCUGUGGCUCUUCCCCCAGCUGAAGAACUUCCUUUGCCACCACCACCGCCUCCAGGAGAAGAGAUAGUGGUGGUCUCAAACAGUGCAUUCCCUCCCCCACCUCCUCCAUUUGAGGAACCAUUUCCCCCUGCUCCGGAAGAGGUCUUUCCUUCCCCUCCUCCUCCUAUGCUGGAGGAAGAACCUGGGUUUAUGAAUGCCCUGCCUGUUUCCCAGGAGAAGGCCCGUGGAAAGGUGAGCAGCAUUGAUUUGGAGAUUGAUUCUUUGUCCUCAAUGCUGGAUGACAUGGAGAAGAAUGACCCUUUCAAAACCCGGCUCUCUUCGGGGCCCGUAGCUCCAGCAAAUGUAGGUCCUGCUUCUAGAAGUUCUCUAGAAACUGUAGCUCCAGCUAAAGAUGCUCCAGCUGCUACUCCCCAGGCUUCCAGUCCCAGUGAAAACUACGUGGCCAGACAGCCAGAGGAGACGGCUCCCGUUCCUGCACCAUGGGUAGCCUUGAAGCAGCGUAAAGACCCGCCCUCGGUGCAGCUUUCCGUAUCGCCGCCUGCUCCUCCUCCAGCUCCACCAGCCCCUAAGUUCACUGCAUCUCUUCCUGCCACGGGUCCCAGAUUUGUACCUAAACCAGCUCCUGGGGCUCCGCCAGCUUUGCCCAAACAGGCUGCCUCAUGUCCUGCACAGUCCCAUUUCCCAGCCCCGUUGGGCCCAGGCUCAGCUCCGAAAACUCAGCCGCCCAACUUCUCUUACGCGCAGCAGCGAGAAAAACCGCAGGUCCAGGAGAAGCCAUAUCCUGCCGGACAGCCCUCUGCCCCACGAGAAACGCGCAACCCCAUAUCGCUUCCAAACACUGGAUCAGAUCCACCCAGGAACAACUCUGCUCUGACCAUGAAGGAGGUAGAGGAGCUAGAGAUGUUAACCCAGAAGCUCAUGAAGGAGAUGGAACAUCCGCCCCAUGCUGAAGCCUCCACUUCUGAACUGUGUGGUCUGUGCAGUAAGGCCCUGUCGCGGACCCAGCCUGCAGUCCGUGCCUUGGACAAGCUCUUCCACGUUGAAUGUUUCACCUGUUUCAAAUGUGAGAGGCAGUUGCAGGGGCAGCAGUUUUACAAUGUGGAUGAAAAGCCUUUCUGUGAAGAAUGCUAUGCGGGCACCCUAGAAAAAUGCUGUGUGUGCAAGCAAACAAUCACAGACAGGAUGUUGCGGGCCACUGGCAAUUCCUACCAUCCUCAAUGUUUUACAUGUGUGGUGUGCCACAAACCCCUGGAGGGGGCGUCCUUCAUUGUGGAUAAAGCCAACCAGCCACAUUGUGUUGAUGACUAUCACAGAAAAUACGCCCCUCGCUGUUCAGUAUGUGCUGAUCCCAUCAUGCCAGAGCCUGGGAAGGAUGAGACUGUUCGUGUGGUGGCCCUGGAGAAGAAUUUCCACAUGAAAUGUUACAAGUGUGAGGAUUGUGGGAAGCCCCUGUCCAUUGAAGCAGAUGACAAUGGUUGCUUCCCCCUGGAUGGCCACGUGCUGUGUAGGAAAUGUCACACCACACGUGUCAAAGCUGCGGUCUGAGAAUCUUGAAUCAGGAGACGCCCUCAGUAUACUCCCCCGGUCCAAAGCAGCAGACCUGAUCUUCUCUAUGCUUUUUCUUAUGACUCUCCUUCUUAAGAUCAUGAGUGCAUUUUGCCUAGAAAAUGCCUGUCUGGCAAUAUCCCUCCCUUUUCACUAAGGGCUCCUCCACUUUUUUUUUAAAAUAUGUAUCCCUUACAAUACAAGGUGUUAACUCCUCACUUUGGCUUGGAAUCUUACCUUGCUAUAAACCUUGCAGUCUUACCGAGUAAUAAAGUAGUCCUGGAACAAAAGGCUGGGUUCUUCCAACCUGCUAUUUCUCUGUGGAACUUUGCCCUGUCCUCUGUUCAAAUGUGGAAUGUAAAUUACUAUUUUAUACCUUAUUUUAGAGACAGAAUAUACAUUUCACAGCUGGCUUGUUUUCUGUAUUGGACUCACUUGCCAGGAUGCUUCUCUGUGUCAGCAAGAGAGUUUUUUGCUCCUGAGUUAUGGACCAGUUUUCUCCAUGUGUCCCCCAAUCAAGGUGGUUCUUUGUGUGUGUGUGUGAAUGUGUGAUUCUUUGGCCUAGUCACUUCUGCACUGCACACUAUUCAAAGGGCUACUUAUUUGUUUACAGCGGACUUUUAGGAGUUUAUUGUGAAGCUGGCAUAGUGGUGUGAUCAGGAGUUGUCCUUCCUCAACCAUUGUUUUGCAUCAAUAAAGUUGUGCAGUUUUU